AUUGCUCCAUCACGUUUUGAAGUUAUUUUGAAUUUUAAGAUGAGGUCAGCAAUUUUUCAUUUUAAAAUUCAAAAUACCUUUAAAAUCUGAUGCUAUUUAAACAGCAGCAUUGUUUUUUGUGCAAAUUUUUCUCUCUCACAAGAUCAAAUAUUCUUAAUAAGAGUAAACUGUGACAGUAUAUUUGAGUAGAUUCACAUUACAAUCGUCUAUACAUUAAAUACAUGUUUUACUUACAAACAUAACAUGAUGGCAUAUUGAUAAUAGAAACUGAAUCAAAUCUGUUGAAGGUAGAUUUUGCUUGAUUUCGUCUAAAUUACGUUAAAUUAUUGUAGAUCUGCUCGAUUCCUAUCGACUUGCUGUCAUAUUUUGUUGAUAAAUUUUGUUAUAUAUUGCUGUCAGUUUUUUCUGCCGAUAUUAUUAUAUAUAACAAAUCAUUUUACAUAUAGCUUUUCUAUCUUUAAAAUUUGCAGCUAUUUUAAAAAAUAUUUUUUUGACGGACUUUGUUGUAUAUGGAUUAUUUUUGAAUAUAAUUCCGAGACAAUUAAAAAAUUGCUGCAAUAAAAAUUAUAAUAGCAAUAUAAAAAUUAAUUGAUUUGAAAGUUUAAGUUUUUAUUGGCAAUUAUUGUGACUUUAUUAAUCAUUUCUUAACAAUGGUUCAAUUAAAUUUGAAUAUUAUUAUUGAGGCUUACGGGUGAAAAAAAUUUUUAAUACACUUUGAUUGCAGCGUUAUUCUAAUUGAUGAGAUAUGCCUGAUCAAUGAUAAUUUCAUUUGUAAAACGCACUAGCAAUCUCAAACGUCAGUCUAUGUUUGUAAUUCGUCCGAAAAAGAUGCAGAAAACUCGAUUCCUGUGGGGCUCGUCUUCUUUGACAUUGAUAGUUUUAUUAGGAAACUGGCUUGCCACCGAUGUUAACGUACAUAUGAUGCAGUUUUCCAAUUCUUGGAAAAAACCAUCGCCAAAACUGACAAGGAAAAUUGCUUCCGAAAAUGUCAUCAGUUAUAGACUUGAUACAUGGUCUCAAUACGAUAAUCCCGAAGAAGGUGAACAACGAGAAGGAGAUAUACAUAAAUUGUCGCAAUCGAGAAAAGCUGUUACGAAGGAUAAAACUUUAUUAUGGCCCAACGGUGUCAUCAAUUACUACGUUCAUUCCUCCAUUGUCAACGAACCGAUGAAAUUCGCUAUGUUGGAGAGUGCAUUGCACAUUAUAAUGUCGAAGGCUUGUAUUAAAUUCAUACGCAUUCAACAUAAAGAACUUCCGGCGAACAAUUGGAUCAACAUUACAGGUCAUCUGCAGGGUUGUUUCUCCGACUUAGGACGUAAUGCGUAUGGACCUACAACUUUGAAUUUAGACGUGAACACAUGCUUCCGCACAAUUGGACAUCCGAUACACGAGACUUUAGGUUUAUAUCACGAACACAUGAGACCAGAUCGCGACGAAUACAUUACUAUAAUAUGGGGAAAUAUAAAAAAGGGAAAUGCAUUUAAUUUUUAUAGCCUGAAUAAAAAUAUUAUAACCGAUUAUGGAUUACCGUACGAUUACGAUAGCAUAAUGCACUAUUCGAUGACUGCAUUCUCUAUAAAUAAAGCGGUUCUAACAAUAAUACCUAUGGCUUCUACUGUGGAAAUUGGCCAAAGAGAUCACAUGUCGUAUUAUGAUAUACAGAAAUUGUUAAUUACUUACAAUUGCAAUUCCACCAAUACUAAAAAUUGGGACAAUAAAAAGAAAAUUUCUGGUCGUCGAAUAUUGCGACAACAUAAUAAACCUAUAUCUAAAAUAGAAGUGAAAUCAAAAUCAGCACACAAAUCAGCAGGAAUGUUUACCGUACAUAAUAUGAAAUUAGAUCAAUUAGAAGAAAAUAAGUAUGCUAAAUCAAAGAGAUCAAUAGAUAAAAAUGAUCAAAAAACUUUUCCUAGAUCUGUAAAACUUUCUCAGCUCGAUAAUUAUCCUAUACCUUUGAAUCCAAUCUAUCUAUAUACAGAUUUUCAUUUAUAUUUUCAUAAGAAAUAAAAAAUAU